AUGGUUCGCGCCACGGACCAAAAGGCCGCGCUGCGGGCUACCGCCCAGGAGACGCUCGACGUCCUGCCAGGUCUCCUGAGCAAGCUCGGGCGGGCCAACGACGCGCGGCGGUCGGGAAAGUUCACGCUCAGCAGACUGCCGCGGCUGGGGCCGAGCUACUGCCCGCGCUUCCGCUCGCCGGCCACCGUCAAAGUGGUCAACGACGACACGCUCAACGCGGCGCUGUGGCAGUGGCGGCAGCAGCAGCGGUACGGGCGCGGCGGCAACGCCAGCGACGGGCGCGGCAACCCGCGGCCGGCCGUAGUCAACUUCGGAGACCAGCACUCGCCAGGCGGCGGGUGGCUCAACGGGGCGCUGGCGCAGGAGGAGGCGCUGUGCUACCGCAGCUCGCUGGCCCUCAGCCUGCACCGCCGCGACUACCCGCUGCGUCCCACCGAGGCCGUCUACAGCCCCUACGUGCUCGUGGUCCGCGAUUCCCUCGCCGACGGUGCCCGUUUGUUUUAUCCCCAGAACCGCGCCGCCGAUCUCCCCGAUGUCGCCGCCAUCACCGUGUCGGCCGUCCGCAGGCCCAAGGUCUUCUCGUUCGAUGGAGGUAACCGCGGCAGGUUUGAUCGAGGUAACCGCGACGGGGCUGACGGGGCUGGGCUGCCGUACGUCAAGACAGUAUUUGCAAACAACCGUGACCGCAACCACACCAAAGACAAAAUGCGGUUGGUGCUGCGCAUCGCGGCCAUGAACGGCCACCGCAACCUCGUGCUCGGCGCCCUGGGCUGCGGCGUCUUCCAGAACCCGCCCGAGGACGUUGCCCACUGCUGGCUCGAGGUGCUGCGCGAGCACGAGUUCAAGGGCAACUGGUGGCGCAACGUGUGCUUUGCCGUCUUUGACCCGAGGAACGACGGCAAUUUUGACAUUUUCAAGCGUGUGCUGCACGGCAAGCAAGUCUAA